AGUAUUAACAGAACAGUAUCAACAGUAUUAACAGUAUUAACAAAGAACAUUAUCAACAGUAUCAACAGUGAGAAGAAUUAACAGAGAACUGUAUCAACGAGAUUAACAGAACAGUAUCAACAUUGUUAACAGAGAACAGUAUCAUCAGAGAACCGCAUGAACGGUGUUAACAUUAUUAACAAAAUGAAUAGAAGUCAGUAUCAACAGUAUUACCAGUGAACAGUGUGAACGGCUUUAACAGUGUUUACAAUAGUAACAGUAUUAAAAGAGAUCAGUAUCAAUAGUAUUAAUAGAGAACAGUAUUAGCUGCAUUAACAGCGUUAACAUUAUUAACAGUAGUAGCAAUUAACAGUAUUAAGAGGAUUUACUAAUCAGUUGAUUAUGGUUUUAUUGAACCUUUAAUCUCUAACUAUAUAUUCUUCCUGUGUGUUGGCUCAGCUCUAGGUUAUGUCUCUGCUCGUGUACAUUUUAAUGAGUUCCUCAUUCACUCACCUCACCAAGGCGUAGAGAGAAAGAUGAAGUAAAGCUUUUACUCUUCAGGAACUUCAUAUCAAGUCCUUCACCUCUAUCACUUCUGGAGGAGAACAUGACUGGAUCCUGGAGACUAUUUCUGCUCUGUAGUCUCCUGCAAGGUGCUGGGUGCACUGGAAAAUUUGAGGCACUAAUUCCAGCGAGUUUGACGACACUCAGUGGAUCCUGUGUUACCGUUCCUUGUUCCUUCACCUUGGAGGACAAGUAUAAAGACAUGCUACAGCCUGGAUGUGGAAAAUUGUGGAAAAAAAUAAUUAAGGAUCAACCUUUAAGUUCUGCAACAUUCAGGGGGGACCUUACAGCAUACGACUGUACUACAACAUUCAAUAACGUACAUGAAGACAAGGUUCAAUAUUAUUUUAGAAUUGACUGUGAUGGAAGUGGUUUAAAAUAUAAUUUUGAUACAAACCCAGUGACCAUCAGGAUCAAGGGGCUCCCUGAUGCACCUCGUUUGACCCCCCCCAAGGAGCCGGUGGUGGAGGGGACUCCUGUGGAGCUGGGGUGCUCUGCCCCGUCCUACUGUGACACCCACCCCCCCACUGUGACGUGGACCACCGCCCUGGGGCUCAGCACCCAGCUCCAGCAGGGCGAUACCGUGACCUCCACUCUGACCUUCAACGCCUCCCUCCUCCACCAUGGAAACAAUGUCUCCUGCACUGCGGCCUACUACAUACCAUCUGGGAACAAAACUAUGACGUCUACAAGAUACCAACUCAGUAUCUCAUUUGCCCCCAGGAACACCUCUGCUGUCGGCAGCCCGUGUCUUCCAGGCAGAGAGGGAGGCUGCCUGAACCUGACCUGCUCCAGUCAUGCUAACCCUGCUGUCAGCGAGGUCACCUGGUACCGAAUACACAGAGAACAGAUCCUUAAGAUCGGGACUGGAUCUUCUCUGUCCAUCAAGCUGUGGAACGCCAAUUACGUUUUCUUCUGUGAGGCCAGGAAUGAAAUUGGCAGAGAAAAGUCUAAUGUCUUCGUGAUCGACAUUCAAGGUAAGUUUAUUCGAAACAGGAAACCACCCUGAGCUUGGUGAUGUACCUAAAGGUUUCCUCGAUCUAAGCCAGAAGGCAAAGCAGUGUGUUGAUCAAUAAUUCAAAGUAAGAUUGACUCAAAACCAUUGAGCAAAUGUAAGGUUAUUUUAUUUUAACCUAAAU